UUUAAUAAGUUUAUACCUAUUAAGAAGAAGAUUUAAACUGUUAAAUUGCAUUAUAUUGUGGUUUUAAUAUUGACCAAUAUACGAAACGUACAAAAUUUGUGUCCGAAAUGGUAUAAUAAUAUAGGGAUCCGUCGUCUGUAGCAAGAAUCCUGGCCACAUGUGCUACACCUGCUGCGUGGUGGCCUGAGGUCCCUGGGGUGUAUAGUCUUCCAGUUGUGUGUGUCCUGGCUCUCGCCUCCCACAGGUGACGCCGAGUGUAACCUACCAUACAGGCCAUUUAUCUGACAUUACUUGCAGCAGUUAUUUCCGCUAACAGUGAGCUUUCCCCAGCACACUGGACCAAAGGCGGGACCAAAGAGCCAAAGCUCAACCCCCUCGCAAGGACAAUUAGGUGGAUACAGGUCCCCCUUCUGUCACCUGCCAUAAUCCAACACCAUAAACAAGCCCAGCAAGAUUACUGCCACUUGAUGUCAUCUACAAUGGAGCCACUAAUUGAUACGAUAAUAGUAUCAUCCCUCAAUGCUGGUGCUGACUGUAUCCAGGUUUAUGAUGGCACUACUGGAACUCAGUUAAAGAGCUAUCGUGGCCUCCCUGCUGCACCUUCAACACUGUGCUUAGUUGGGCAUGGAGCAUACCUGAUGGCAGCUCGGAGAGAUAAACCAUUCCUGCAAGCUUGGCCCAUACAUCGUCAUGAGGCAUUACAGAUAAGACUUGUUGUUCCAGGAAGAGUUAAUGCUAUGGCUGUCAGUUCCACAGGUUCUAAAUACUGCAUCAUUGGUAUCAGUGAAAAGCUGUAUGUAUAUAAAUUAUUGUCUGGUCGUCUCAUUGGUGUUGCUAGUCGCCACUAUCAGCCUAUCACUCGACUAGUAUUCACUCCUUGUGGCAACUAUUUUGCAUCUGGUGGAGAGGAUGGCUUUGUUUAUUUGUGGAGCUUGGCCAGUUUUAUUGAAGCCUUACACAAGUAUGAUGCCCCACAGGUGCAGCCACACUUUAUCCUUGGUCAACAUUCUGACAAAGUGACAGAUUUGGCCAUGACAUCAUUUGGCAUAAGAGGAUUCCUCGUAUCUUCAUCAUUGGAUCACACUGCUAGAGUGUUUGACUUGGUGACUGGACGUCCAAUGUACAAUCUGGUUACUUCUGGCGGUGUGACAAGUGUAGCAUGUAACACCUUAGGCUCUCAGUUGUUCUUGGGUCACAAUGAUGGUACGGUCAACAUAGUGAACUUGCUGCCUGCCCCUCCCCAUGGAGAUGUUCAAGUUACCAGUAGGGGAGUUGAGUGUCACCAAAAAGCUGUGAAAUGUUUAGCCGUCACUACUUCUGGUAAUCAGCUUGUCACGGGUGGAGAUGAUGGUGAAGUCAAAGUUUGGUCCGUUAUCAGUGGAGGGCAGGGAACUCUUGGAAGUAACAAAGUUAAUGACUCCCACAUAGCACUGCAGAGGGUGGUGCACAUGGGUCGGGGCCCAGUUACCAACCUAUCCAUUGUGCGCACUGAGAGAGAGACACUAACAACUGCAGAACUGGACAUAAAAGAAGUCAUUGCACCAUUUAGUCAAGACCAUUCAUCUCCAUUAGCUGUACCUACUAUAGUUCCAAUUCGAGGACGGGGAAAACAGCAUCUCCAAGAAUUGGAUUUGAUUAAUUUUACUCCAGAAUUGAGUGUCCAACAAAAUGCAAUAUCGGAGGGAAUUUCAGGGACCAAUGAUGAUCUUCAAAGCAGCAUCAACCAGCUUCAAACAGCAAACACACAGCUCUUCAAGUUUGCUCUCAGGCACAUUAUUGAUGAAGAGAGAGACUUGUGAAAAUCAAUUUAUUUUAUUAUUUAUGUAAUUGUAUAUGCAAUAAAUUCAAAGUUUUGAA